GACCUGUGGUGGAUCAGAUCGCGGUGCGCCGGCUGGUGGACGAGGCGGCUCCUGGGCAACCUUUGCCGGUGCUGUAUUUGCUAGGCGAAGGUGACGCUCCCGAAUGGCGGGCUUUGGCAUUCUUGGUGCGCUGCCGCUUAAAUGGUUUCAUGGUGCUCUUGCCGGACGACCCCGAGGUGGUAUCGCGAUUGCAGGCUGCCACCACCGACGAGGAGGCUACACUUGGGACCGUGCCUGCUUUCAAGUCGGUCGAGGUGGACACCGAGACUUCGCGCCGCCGCCCUACAGGCCUCGUCUCUGCUCUGAUCGCCGACUUCGAUUGGGCUUUCCUCGAUGUCUUUCGUCGGGCGGCUUCGGGCACAACGCGGGCUUCUGGAGGGAUCCGUCUUAUAACUUUGAAGUCCGGCGACGCUGUGGUGCGACCGCUUCGUCCCAGUGCAGCUGCCGUCUCCGAGGUUUGGGUCAACGAGAUGCUUUCGGAUGCCAGCUUGGCCGAGUACAUUACAGCCGAGGAGGAAGUCGGCGAGGGCGACCAGGACGAGCACGAGUCAGGAGAGGAGCCCGAGAUCACCGAGGUCGAGGCGCUUCGCAGCAGAGUCCGGGAGCUCGAGGCCAACAUGCGUGCAGCAGCUCAGCCUUCACCUGUGCGGCCCGGGGCUUUAAAGACAGCUCGGUCUUUGUUUUCGGAGUCGGUGGGCCAGCCCUUGACCGAUGCCGAUUGGGAAAAGCUUCGAAAGGCAGCCGGCUCCGCACCUCCCCGUCUUGCUGCCCACGAGCGUGCCGCAAGGAAGGUUACAUCAGUGCAGGCGGACACCGAGCUGGCCGAGGAGGAGCUGGGGGCGGCCGAAGCACCUUUGGACAUCACCGAGAGCAGCCCCGCCUUGCUGCAACUUCUGGCUACCCAGGCGAAGCUGUUGGAGAAAGUGAUGGCCCCCAAGGCUUUGGAUCCCCUAGCAGCGGCACUGUCAGGCGGUGCCACCGGCUCGGACAACGUCGCAGGCAGCAGCUCAGGUGCUCGCGGCAUGGCCGCCCGGGAUGCUUACCUCCGGGUUUUCGACCGCCCCCUGGACUUUGCAGAAUCGGUUGCGAACCGAGCUCAGACCGAACUGGGGUGGGAGGCCCAGGAACCAUCUAUGAUGAGGCAUUACCUGGAACGCAAGGUCCCGCUCAAGGACUUGAAAACGGUGCAGCUGUUCAGCUUCUUUCUUGCGCACAUGUGGGAGGACAUGCGUCGGACUGGCAAUCAGCGGGGCGAGUUCUGGGCAGCGCGCGGAUUGGUCAUGGCCGAGCAGUUCGCAGUGGAUGCUGGAAGGACUCAAUUUGGAUGGCUCCUGUCGGGACUCCCGGAUGUGGACCAAGGCCACUUGAUCACUCGAAAGGGGGAUCCGACCGCGAAGCCGGCCGGCUCCUUUGAUGCAUUUAAUUUGCCUUUUGCGGCCGCGCGUGUGGGGGCUCCCAUUUCAGAUGAGCAGCUUGACAUGCAGAGCAUUCUUGAGCGGCACAUAAAACACUUUGUUUGCGCGCCUCCUCUUGAAGCCUCGUCUCUAGGUGUGGACCUUCCCGAAUUGGUUUCUGCAUUGCAUGCUGAGUUUGAUCCUUAUGGAGGCACUCGGUAUAAGGAAGUUUGUUCGGACCGCAUUCGUUGGGAACACCCACCUUCUUUCGAUGCUGCUCAGUUGCCUGCGCGGGACUGGCCCAAGACCCGUGCCGCGAAAGUCCAUUGUUCACGAUCCGAAUUACUGAGGCUCGCCUCUAAAUGGGACGAAGUUGGAGCUUUGGCUCUCACACCGUGUUCGGAAAUCGAUGAGCAGGAAGCUGUAGGAUUAUUUGCCAUCACUAAAGAUCGUGAUUGGGAUCGUCUCAUCAUUAAUCCCACCGUCAUCAAUGCUAGAUCCAAGGGCUAUAGUAACUUCACGCGUUAUUUAGCGCCGGGUAGCUUGAUCGGUCUCACUCAUCUUAGCGAUGGGGAAUGCAUCCGCAUUUCAGCUGACGAUUUGUCCGAGAUGUACUAUACAUUCCGCGUGCCACCCUUGAGAGCUGCCAGGAAUGCGAUCAGGAUGAAAUUCGCCCCUUGGGAGGUUUCGCAUUUCAAAUGCUUCUCUCCUGUGCGGCACUCGGUGCCCGUUUACUUGUCUCUGGCGGCUCUCGCCAUGGGCGACGCCCUAGCCGUCGAGAUCCCGCAACAAUCUCAUUACAACGUUUUGGCUACGCUAGCCGGCUCUAUGCGAGCCUCUGAGGUUGCCGCUUAUCGUAUGCCGUACCCCCGCGGGGACACGGCUGAGUAUUUGGCCAUCGACGAUCACGUCGUUGUUCAAAAACUCAGUCGCACCGCUUUGGCACGCAACGAACCUAAGCGUGACACCGAAAUUUUCGCCAGGGCCGAGACUGCCUAUGUUGAUGUGGGAUUAGUGCAGCAUCCUCGCAAGCGCCGCCGUUACCAGACUUCUUGCAUUAGCUUGGGCGCCGAAAUCGAUGGGCUUCAGGGCCUGGUUUCGGCCCCCCGGCAUCGUAUUGGUGUGCUUAUGGCCAUCACUUCCGAGGUCGUGCGGCGGGGCACCUGCUCGGGCUCUUUCCUUGCUUCGCUGCUGGGGCUUUGGAUUCAUGUGCUCAUGUAUAGGCGCCCGUUGCUGGCUCUCCUUGACUGCGCCUUCGCCGACAGCCGGCGCACCCCGGCGUCAACGGUGUUCGCUCUCAGCCGCAACACCUUGAACGAGCUGUUGGCUUUGGUGAUGUUGGCUCCGCUUGCCCAGACCGACAUGCGUGUGUCUUACGCACCUUUUGCGUUCUGCAUGGAUGCCUCGCCCACUGGUGCUGGUUUGUGCGCGGCGCCCCUGCCUGAAACUGUUGUGGCCGAGCUGUGGCGACACUCUGAGCAGAAAGGUUACUACACCCGGUUGGAAUCUCCGGCUGCUGCGCUCUUGCGUGAAAAGGGGCUUGAACCCGAGACUGUGUUCGGGGCCUCUGCUGUGGAGCCUCCGACAACAGUUUUUCCUUUGCCACCGGCCUUAAACGAGGGCAUUGUGUACGAUACCCUUGAGUGCUUUUCUCAGGAGGGCACUUGGGCUGCUGCUCACUCAGCCGCGGGUCUUGUUGCACAUCCGGGGCUCUUCACUGCCGGUCGUCCGCUACAGUUUGCUGACCUCGCCGACGGUGACAUACUGGCCCAGCUUGUGUCCUUAGCUGCCCGCGGUGUUGUGCGUGAGUGGCACUUUGAGCCGGCGGCGCUUGAGGGCUCUUUCGGUGGUGCCUUGGCCCGUGCCGUUGAGGUGAAGCUCUGUCUCGUCUCGCUGCUGUUACGCCUGUCCGGCUUUGUCAGUGACUCCCCCACUACAGCCGAGCUGCGUGCUUUCCACGAUGAUCCGGAAUGGGUCGGCGAACUCGCUGACAGUCUUGAGUUCUCUGAAGUCCUUCGCUAUAGGUUUUCGCGGCAGGGUCACAUUAACGUGCAGGAGGGCCGCUCCAGCAGUUCGGCUCUCGGCCACGUUCUUCUCACCGCGCUGCCCUAUGUCCUUGGGGGAGGCCUCUAUCCGGGCGGUCUCCAUGUCUAUUCAGGGGCUAACCGAAGUGACGGCCCUUCUCGCGGCCGAAGCGUGGCACCGCCUACCAAGGACUGGCCCGUUUGGCUUGAAGAGCUGCGCGAAGGUAGCACUUACAGGUUCGACGUCUGCUUGGCCGCAGCCCGUGUGCCCAAACUAGCUGGCAGAUGGCUGCGCUUGUUGCUGUUGCUUGGUGGUGACAUUGAGCGGCAUCCUGGUCCUGCUGGUCGUGUUCCUCGAGGGCCUCUCGACUUGACGUCCGGCUUCGCGACUUCCACUCGUCACAAGAUGACCAAGAGUUUGGAUGCCUUCAAACUGUGGCUGUCUGUCUGCUUGAACCUUACGUUUGCCGCUGCCAUGGCCAGCGCCGAAUCCGCAGCUACUGCGCUGCGUGCCUUCGGGCUUCACUUGUACUCCGAAGGGCAUCCCCGCUACUUGCUUGUGUAUGCCAUCACGGGUGUACAGGACGCGUUCCCGGCGUUUCGCAAUCACCUUACGCCUGCCUGGCAAAUCGAUAAAAAAUGGCAGCAUGUCGAGCCAGGCGAAUGCAGGCCGGUGAUUUCCAAGCCCAUUCUCUUAGCUUCG